GCGAUUCGCAGCACAUUUUUUGUUCGUGAACAACUGAAAUUUAACAAAUCAAAGAAAUAUUUAGAAUUCUAAGUGAUAAUGUUAGAUCACAGCGAGUUAAUCGCUGGAAUUUCAGUUCUUAUUUCAUUCUUUGUUGGCUAUCGCUACGGGUUGAAAGUUAGUGGAACUGACGAUUACGAUGAUAGUGCAUGUAAAUCAAGUAAAAUGCAAACGAAACAAUCUGCUCCAAGAGGAGAAUACAAAAUGAUUUUAGUCGUUCGUAACGAUCUGAAAAUGGGAAAAGGAAAAAUUGGAGCCCAAUGUGGACACGCAAGUGUAGGUGCUUAUCAAAAAGCAAUGGAAAGAAACCCAGCGAUUGUUGAACGUUGGGAAUAUUCUGGCUGUGCAAAAAUUUGCGUCAAAGUUGAAAGUGAACAAGAAUUGAUGAACAUCAAAAAAGGCGCGAGCGUUCAUGGAUUGAAUCAUUAUUUAGUGCAUGAUGCUGGAAGAACUCAAAUUGCUGCUGGAAGUGCAACUGUCUUAGCCGUUGGCCCAGCUCUUAAUGACCAAAUCGACCUUCUCACCGGCAACCUGCGGCUUCUCUAAAACAAAAUUUAAUCAAUAAAAUCAUCUCACAUCAUUUUUUUCAUAAAAUUUUUUAUUAGAAGACUAAAAAUAAAAAAGUUUUUUUUUUCUAAAAUAAAAGAAAUUUAAUUACAUUUAAUUUAAAACCAAAGACCUUCGUCAUCAUCUUUGCUCGUCUCAGCUUGAUUCUGUGAUGACUCAGCCGUCUCAUUCUGAUCAUUUUCAUCAUCAGAGUCUGAAAUUUCAAGAUCAGCAAGUCCACCACCAUCAUUUGGUAUCAUCUGUUGCGGUUGUUGCUGAAUCUGCUGCUGUUGCUGUUGAAGUUGAUUGUAAUCUUCUUGAGAUAUUUGUUGAGGUUGUUGGAAGUUAAAAUCAUUAACAUUGAACGCUUGUUGUGCGAAUGAUCCAUAAUAGUUCUGCUGCUGCUGUUGUUGCUGCAAUUCAUCAACUUCCGACGGAUCUUGAAUGUUUGCUGAGUAUUCAAAGUUCUCUUGAUACGGCUGUGGUUGUUGUGGCUGAAGUGGCGGUUGGAUUUGAAUGACAGGUUGGCUCGUUGUUUCAUCUUUCUUUAUCAGGAAAUCGGAAGGAUCGUAAUUAGGAUCAAAGUCCAUCGAUUCAUCUUGUUGUGGCUGUUGGGAAGUUGAAUAAUAACCAAGUUGAAUCAUUGCUUCAGCAGCUUGUUGACUGUCAUUAUCAUCUUGACCUGGAACUAAACCUUGUUGCAUGAUCAUUGCUUGAUCAUCUUGCAACAUUAUUUGUUGUUGUUGAUCACUUGGAAUGCCUGACACGUCGAAUGACAUGCUGAAGUUGUCAGACUGAUAACGCGAGUCUUCCUGCUUCACAGGGCCAGGUCCAAAGUCACCAACAACGUCAAUGACUUCUUCUACAGGUUUAAUCUUCUCUUUCUUAACAUAUUUACUUGGACCCGAGCCAGGAUUCUUCCUUGGACGUCCACGAGCACGUUUAACUUCAGGUUGUGAUGUCACAGUUGAUGGACCAGCUCGUAGUUCGCUUCCAUCCAAGUCAUCGCCAUCCCCCGCCAGUCGAUUCGAUGAGAAAUCGGCAAAUGAUUCAUCGUCACCCCAGUUGAAGUCCAAUUCCUUCGCUCGCUCUUUAACUUGUGCAAUGUUCGCUUCCAAAUGUCCAAUGUCGAGACCUUCAAGAGAGCUUUUCGUAAAGUCGACAAGAACUUUCGCUUCCUUCGUUAGUUUCGAUUCUGGUCCAUUAAACUUCUCGCUGUUACCAGCAAUCAACUGAAUGUCAGCGAGAAAAUCAACACGUGAAUGGUAUCGAUGUGCAGACACUUUCUUUGUUAUCGUUUCUAAAUCCAUUGGUUGCUUUAUGAUGUCGUAAUAUCCUUUAACUAACUUCUUAUUUACCGGCUUUAAGAAUGCCCAACUUUCCUGUCUUGGCUUUAACUUUCCGUUCAAGAACUUCUCGAAAAUAAACGACAAAGCCGCUUGAUCAUCAUCACCGAGAAGUGGAUUAAUUGCCUUCUCUAACAACAUCAAUUUAUCUUCACGUUCAGCUAGACGAUCGACACACUUCUGAAGAAGUCUUUUAGCAGCCAUCGUAAUGUUAUUCGUUGGUCCAUUAUAAAGUGAAGAAUUGUCAACAAUUUGGUUGAUGUCAGCGAGAAAUUCUUCUCUCGUGUUGUAUUUCCUUUGACGAAGUUUCUCUCUCAUUGUUGUCAAAUCCAUCGGACUUUGGACGAUCUUAUAAUAAUCCGGAACUUUCUUAGCAUUCAC